UCUUAAAAUUGUACACAAGAGAAAAGAUUAUGUGAAUCAUAGUCUAUAUUAAAUCUACGACUAAAUUUUAAGUCGAAUAAUGCAUUAAGAAUAUGACAAAAUGCCUUUUAGGGGUCGUUUGGAUGCGGAAUUCUAAUUGAUCAAUCUGGUACAAUUGUCUCAUAAAUAUAUGUUUUGGAUAAGAACACUCAUGUCAAUAGCCGAAGCACGGGUUGACUUCUAUGGCUUGUGUAACCCAAAAUCCACACCCAACCCAAAAGAGCCGAGCUGUACAAAAGAAAACUCUCAUCCAACAUUAAAUCCUAAUUUGGUGAUAAUACGAGUGAGUUGAAUCGGUUUGAACGGGUGAGUCGGCUUGCUAUUUUUGUUCAACCCUAAUACAGAACAUGAGGAUUUGAAGCUGGCCCAUGUCGUGCCAGCCCAAACAUGACACAACGGCCAGUUACAUCGCAUCCCUUCGUUGCCCUGAGCUGGAUCAGUAACCGAAUCGCCGUCGUCUAGGAUUAUUCCGGUUGGGCCUGGACCAGUUGAGCUUGACCCGAACUCAAUCGACCUCUCCGUUGGCCUCUGUCUGAGAUAUAUCAGCUAUUGACGCCAAAAGGCGCUCAUUUGCCAGCGCCCGGUGAGCCGCACGAAAAGAGAGAACGAGAUAUGGAUCCAUGGAAGCUUCCCAUAUCGUCGGCGAUCCAGAGGAAGAGGCUACUAUCACAAAGCUACACCUCCCACGCUUCUGCCUCUCCGUCAGAUCUUGCUUGCGGUAGUUUAAUUUCCUUUCAGCAAUGCAACCCUCUUUUUCGUUCAAUUUUGAAUCUCCAGUUAUCAAUUGCCGCUCGAUUUAGAAACGCACCUGCCAAGUGUUCGAUGUUAUUUCCCUGUGGCUUGGGCCGCGAUAAUACACAACACUCGAUUUUUAUAGCUGACCAAUACACUAUUUCCUCAACCAUUUUACGAGUUACCCUAUAUUUUCUCUUGUGUGUUCUCCCAUUGUAACAACUUAGAAGAGCCUGCUGGUGGCAAUGGGGGUUGUCGAGUUGGAUGAAUCUUGAAAGCCCUAUCUGUAGCUGACAGAGCCUCCGAUGUUAUUUACCUCCUAUUGAUUGAACCUCAAGUGAUAACAUCUAAAUUUAGUGUUUUCUCUUUUUUGUUUGUGAUAGGUGCACAGAAUGCCUGGGAUAUUCUUCUGGAAGAGGAAUCAAUGACCCGCAUUACCACAUCUUGUGCAGAACUUGACAAAAUUCUUGGUGGAGGAAUAAGCUGCAAAGAAGUUACAGAAAUUGGUGGCGUACCAGGCAUUGGUAAAACACAGCUCGGGAUUCAACUAGCCGUCAAUGUUCAGAUUCCAUGCUAUUAUGGUGGUCUUGGGGGAAAAGCCAUCUAUAUAGAUACGGAAGGAAGUUUCAUGGUGGAACGCGUACUACAAAUUGCUGAAGCAUGCACAGAGGACAUGGCAGAAUAUGGGAGGUUCUUAGGAAAAAGUAUUCAAGCUCGCCAAGUGGAGAUGGGACCCAAGGAUUUCCUGGAGAACAUAUACUACUUCCGUGUCUGCAGUUACACGGAGCAAAUUGGGUUGGAAAAUUACCUGGACAAGUUUAUCUCAGAGCACCGAGAUGUUAAGAUCAUUGUCAUAGACAGUGUUGCUUUCCAGUUCCGUCAAGAUUUUGAUGACUUAGCUCAGAGAACGAGGGUACUUAGUGCAAUGGCAUUGAAGCUGAUGAAACUUGCCAAAAAGUUCAGUUUAGCGGUUGUUUUGCUGAAUCAGGUGACGACGAAAGUCAUAGAAGGUUCAUUCCAAUUAGCUCUUGCACUAGGUGAUAGCUGGUCACAUUCUUGUACCAAUCGCCUAAUCCUUUACUGGAACGGGGACGAAAGGUAUGCCUACAUCGACAAGUCACCUUCUCUAAGGUCAGCAUCAGCUCCAUAUUCUGUCACCAGCAGAGGAAUCCGGAAUUCCUCUUCCAACAGCUAGCGUACUAGGUCAAUGUGAUGUUUACUUACGCGCAUCUUUUGGUGGUGUUGAGACUGAAGUAAUUGAAAUGGCCCUUCAGUUUUCAUUUUGGCUUAAACAGCUUCUACGUAAGGAAGGUGUUACGAGCAAGGAGCCUAUUUCUAGGUGCCUGUGUUUUGCUUUGCCUGUUUGGUUUCCUCAAGAGGUGAUUCGUUAAUUGUUACCGUUGCCUCAAACAUGGUAUCCAGAAUUAUUUAUGUACUGUAAGUGGCGCAAGCAGCCCCUCUACAAAUAUAAUAUGUGUAGUUUGGACGAGUGUUUUGAAUGAGUUAUUUUGACCCAAAUAACUUAUUAAUAACUCGUUUGGCAAUUGAUUUGACUGAUGUAGUAUGGUGAGCUGCAAAUAACGCAUAAACGCGGUAAUCUAAAUAGCACCAAGUAGAGGUGUUCAAACGGAUUGGUUACCGUGGUAACCAUAUUAACCAGUAGUAUUCGGUUAAUUUGAUAUGGUUAAUUUGGAUAAUUGGUUUGAUUUGGUUAAAUAAUUUAGCUUGUUUGGUUUAGGUUGUUUGGUUUGGUUUCAAUUUUGCUAACCAAUGAAACCAAUUAACCAAAUAAAUAAUUAAUGAUAAUCUCCACUUUUCAGUCUCCACUACCAUCAAGUGGGCCUCUCUCAACACCAAACAAAACCAAACGUUUGGUUUCCCUCUGUCAUCAAUCCCCAUUUCCAAUUCCCACUCCCCAGAACAUUGAACCCUAGAUUGAGAGGGAGAGAGAGACAAUCAAAUACAAAUAUUUCCAUUCAUAACUCUUCUAUAAUGGUAUCUGAAUCAAAAUUCAAAUGAAUACAUGAUGCCUUCUUGAUUUUAUUUGAGUGGUAUUUGUUAAUCUUAUUCUUGUUUCUGUCAAGUGCUAUAUGUAAUGAUAACUAAUUAUGUUUAUUUUGUUGAUUUUUCAAGCAGAUGGGAACUAACUAACGUAGGCAUGGCAUUGCAUAUUGGCAGUAGCUCUUUUUGUACAGGUUUUUUAACAGCUACUAGACUUUUUUUUGGAUCACGUAUAAUACCAUGACAGCCAGCUCAUCUCAAACUAUGUAUAGUUUAAGUGUUUUGUAGGAAGAGAUUUUAACUUCCUGAUGAGGGGUAUCUGUAUGAAUUUAUGUUAAGGGUUUGUUGUAAGUUAACUAUACUAGGUGCAGAUAUGAUGAAUGAUAUAUUAACUCGAAUGAUAAUGAUAUGUUUUCAUGUAAUGUUAUGUUAUUUGGUUAAUCCGAUUAUCUGAUUAACCAAACCAAUUAAACUUUGGUUUGGUUAAUUUGGUUUUCGUGUUAAUUUGGACGGUUUGGUUAAGACAUUUUAUUCCAUGGUUAAUGAAGUUUAGGCUUAAUU